AUGUCGACCGUAGCAGGGGCGACAGCCUCGGUCGUUCCCACGCCCACUCCUACUGGCGAUAGGGCCCCCUCACAGGGUGGAAUCUUCGAGGGCAUGAACCCCUCUGUCUUCAACCCAGCAGACCCGAUUAUACUGUUUAUCAUACAAGCAACUAUCGUCAUUACUUUGACGAGGCUACUGUACUGGCCUUUGUCCAAGAUUCGUGAGCCAAAAGUUAUCGCAGAAGUUAUUGCUGGUAUUCUUCUUGGGCCUUCGGUCCUUGGUCGAAUCCCUGGCUUUACCGCAGCCAUAUUCCCCCCGAACUCCAUGCCGCCCUUCCGACUGGCAGCAAAUAUUGGCCUCGUUCUCUUCUUAUUCCUCGUCGGUCUUGAGAUCAAUCUGUCGUAUCUUCUCAGUAACUGGCGGACCGCCAUCAGUGUCGCGACUCUCGACAUGGCUAUUCCCUUCGGACUGGGCGUCGCGGUCGCCUACGGACUGUACAAUGAUUUUCACGACGAACCUGGCAUCGCUCCGAUUUCUUUUGGAGUUUUCGCGCUUUUCAUUGGCGUGGCCAUGGCUAUUACUGCAUUCCCUGUGCUGUGCCGCAUCUUAACCUCUUUGAAAUUACUCAACACCACCGUUGGAGUCAUCGUUCUUACCUCUGGUAUCGCCAAUGAUGUUGUCGGAUGGGUUCUCCUCGCACUCUGCGUCACCCUUGUCAACUCCGGUGCCGGCUUGACAGCGGUAUGGAUUCUGUUGGUCUCCAUUGGCUUCGCCCUGUUUCUCGGAUUUGCUGUUCGGCCAGCUUUCAUGUGGGUGCUUCGCAGAACAAAAAGCUUAGAGAACGGCCCUACUCAAGGAGUUGUCGCCUUGACGUUACUUCUUGUGUUGGGCUCUUCAUUUUUCACGAGCAUUAUCGGCGUACACUCAAUCUUCGGAGCCUUCAUGGUCGGCCUAAUGUGUCCCCAUGAAGGUGGUUUUGCCAUCAAAUUGACUGAGAAAAUUGAGGAUUUGAUAUCGACUCUCUUUGUGCCCCUGUUUUUUGCGCUUUCAGGAAUCAAUACCAACCUGGGCCUACUGGACAGUGGACGCACUUGGGGCUAUGUCAUUGCUAUUAUUAUUGUAGCUUUUCUCAGCAAGGUCAUCGGGGGCACCGCUGGUGCUCGCAUGAACGGCUUGGUUUGGCGGGAAUCCUUUACUAUUGGAACCCUCAUGUCCUGUAAGGGACUUGUCGAACUCAUUGUUCUAAAUAUUGGCCUUCAGGCCAAAAUUCUCAGUACUAGGACUUUCACCAUGUUCGUCGUCAUGGCUCUUGUCACAACCUUCGCCACAUCUCCCCUAGUCAUGUGGCUAUAUCCACCUUCUUACCAACAGAAACUGGACCUUUGGAAGAGAGGCAAGAUCAACUGGGACGGGACCCCAAUCACUCACGAUGCUGAUGGCGAAGUCGAAGAUGAUCAGAAAGAGGCUGCCAACAAGAUGCUGGUCUACCUCCGCACCGAUGGUCUCUCGAGUCUGAUGUCUACCGUUUCCAUGUUUACUAGUGGCCAACGUCUUUCAAACUCUAAGAAUUCCGCCAUGGACAUCCACGGAAAUCGUAGCGGCGAAAAAGGCCUCGUCGAACAUGCAGCUGUAGGUCCGGAGGCAGAAUCUCCUCCACAGGAGCUGUUGCGCAUUCACGGCUGCCGCCUGGUCGGCCUUACUGAACGCAACUCUUCUGUCAUGAAGGUCUCGGAAAUUGAGGACUACGCCGGGCAUGACCCCAUCAUCAAGGCUUUUGGCAUAUCCGCCAACAACACAACCAGAGACGUCAUGAUUUCUGGUCAGAUUGCCGUGGUCCCCGAAGACUCGUUUGCCGAUACACUGGCUACUGAGGCAGCUAAACAAGGCACUGACCUGAUACUCGUUCCCUGGAGCGAAACUGGAACGAUCUCCGAGCUGCCAUCGUUUUACAGUGCUACGAUGCGAGGGGACCCUCUCACCAGCGGCGAUUUCUCUAAUCUUAUGUGCAGUAUCUUUGACGAGGCCAAGAACGUUUCUGCCGUGGCAACAUUCAUCGAUGCGACACUUUUGAACAAGUCUGACACGUCCGAGACAGGCGUUAAGAGACCCAGACAGCUUCAGAGGCACGUUUCUGGUGUUAGUCUUUCGGAACUCCAGGACCCUUCCGCGGCCAGAUUCUUUUCUGCUGAGCGACGAGGUAAAAGGUCUAUCCGGGUAUUGUACACCGGCACUGAAGAUGAUAUAUUCGCCGUCAGGCUCGGCGUGCAGCUUGCGCAAAAUGAGAAUCUCGAGGUCACCAUCACCGAAGCAGCUGACCCAGAUGCCUCUGCAAACAUGAAAUACGUUCGCAUCAAGGCCAACAUUCAAGAUUCAAUUGCCAAUCGGAUAAUCUUCAGCCAAAUCGACGCCGCCAAGAAUGCUACCCCUUCGAGCGUCAUUACCGAAAUUCUUGAAUUGCAAAGUGCAGACCCGAGGGCUACUACAUUUAUCAUCGGUCGGUCAGUUGCGGCGUCACAAACUUCGCAAAUCGAGAUAGACGGGUCAUCCAGCGUCGUAGAUCCACGCAAGACUCUUGGCCCCACUGCUGCUGAACUCAUUUCGGAGAUCAAGACGAAGAAGAUAGCCAAUGCUAGCGUGCUGGCAGUGCAAGGAAAGCGUCAAGCGAAUUCCAAGCAGACACUCCAGAGGAAACCGAGUGUGUAUUCGCACGCGAGCAGAACUUGA